CAUGCAUCAGCUCAUGCAAGUUUCUGCACCCCGACUGAGUCACCCGGGGUGCAAAGGAAACCUGCACGGUUUGUUUACUGGACAGCGUCCGAUCAGACAAUCUUCACUUCACCUCGAUCUUAUACUUGUCAUCCAGUCUCCUUUCUCCAACCCAUCCUGACACCUGACAAGCUCACCCCUCCAUACGUUCUGCGAUGGCCCCCAGUCAGCCCACUGCCUCGUUAUCAGCCGACGCGAUUCACGCAUGGGAAACCAUCGCGCAGUACUGGGAUGCCACCAUCACCAAACACGGCAACAAGUACUGGCGGCGACUGCAGGAACCGUGCCUGGCCCGCCUGCUGGGCCCAGCCCUCCAGAGACCCGGCUGCAAGGCCCUCGACCUCGCGACCGGCAACGGCCUGUGCGCCCGCUGGCUCGCGCGCAACGGUGCACAUUCCGUGCUGGCCACGGACGGCACCGACGAGAUGCUGCGGUUGGCGGAUGCGCAUCGGCAGACGGAGGAGGAGCCGUGGAAGUCGAAGGUGAGGCUGCAAAAGCUCGAUGUCACCAGCGCGGCCGACUUUGCGCGACUGGAGCAGAAUGAUGAUGGGGAUUUCGGGUUUGAUAUCGUGUUGAUGAACAUGGCCGCCAUGGAUGUGGCUGACUUGGAGCCGCUUGCCGGCGCGCUGGGUAAAGGGUUGCUUGCAAAGGAUGGGGUGUUCGUCGCGACGUUACUGCACCCGGUGUUCAGCACCUCCGGGGCGGCGAUCAACAUCCAAAGGAGAUUCAACCCCGCCACCGGCGAGGAGGAGAUCACCCGGUCCAGGGUCAUCACCGAGUACAUGGAUGUGCCGCCGGCAAAGGGCAUCGCGGUGGACGGGCAGCCGGCGAAGCAGCUCUACUUCCACCGGCCGAUGCACGAGCUCUUCGCCACCUUCUUCCGACACGGACUGGUCAUGGAUGCCAUGGAGGAGCUGGCCUUCAGCGAGGACGAUGGCGAGGAGAGGAUCGAGUCGACCAGCAACUUCACUCAGCUCCCGAUUAUUCUCGCCUUUCGAAUGAGGUUACCUUGAGCUGGUACUGCUGGACCGUUGGGGGUUGAGGUUGGAGGGGUGUUUGUAGGUUACAGUUGAAAUGUCUAUGGUCUGAGACCGACUUACUGGUAGUAAAUUGGAUGCAGUUGGCCGAGAACGACCUAACUUGUACAAUAGUACCUACCGCUCACUCUUUCCAUAAAAGGUGCCAGCGUGAUGCUCCUUCGGAAGCAAAUACCUAUUGCUAUUUCGCUGGGCAGCCUCCAAUGCGACAGGAAUCCAAAUA